GGGCCUUAACGCCCUUUUAUUGUCAACUUAAUGACUCAACAAAAGGGAUGAGAAACUAUUUUAUCCUGUCGUAUUAUCACGUAAUUUCCAUCUGCUGCCGUAAUUUCUCUCUAAUCGAUACGCGAAAUUCCAGAUUUUUGUGACAGGUGGUGAGGUUUUUGGAGUAAUAAAUUUGGUUCAAUCGUUCUGAUUGGUUUUUUGGUGGACGGAGGGAUCAGUGAGGUUUGAAAAAUCGAAUGUGAGAUAGUGAUCAGCUGUAGGCAUCAAGGGCGAUGCCGGCUGGCUCAAAAUGACAGGUUGAUUUUUCUUUAUUUUGAGUGUAUUGAGUUAUUUUUUGUGAGUACUUGAUGUGAAAAAAAGUGUGAAUAAUGUCGACCCCGCCCUGGGAAUCCAAGGGUGAUAGCUCAUCACCGGCAGGUGGUAGUCCUCGAACACCACGUGGCGGUCUUUUGAGGGAUCGUGUGAGUUUUUUUGAGCGUAUGCUCACGUCCCAAAAUCGCUCAGUGAGCACUGAUGAUCUUCAGAGAUUUGAGUCGCCAAAUGGAUCCUUUGAGGAGUCCUUUGAACAAGUUGUCGAUGACAGCGCUAGAGUCGUCAAGUUUGAUAAAAUUUUUGUGAGAAAAAGGGAGACUGUCAGCCGAACACCCAGUGAGGAACAUGGACUCGAGGAUUCGGCUUAUCAGAGUCAUGGAAUUGUUGAGAGUCAUGGGAGCAAAUCUAGUUCGGCUAUGAGUUUUCCGAGAUUUCCAUCCGAGGAGAGUCUUGAGCUCAAGUCCUCGGAGGAAAGGGCUGCCUCUGAGUGGUACACUGAGUUCCACAAUCAGAGCUUUCAAAAUGUAUCUGCUAGGGUCGAAUAUGUCAGGAGUCGCAGCGAGUAUGACGCACAUAUUCGUGAGAUUAAAGGAACUAUCGAGGAGAACACCAGAGCACUGGAGUAUCUCGGCCAGACGUGGGGUAGCCAGAGCAGUCUGGAGAGUCUAGGUACCCAGGGAUCAGUUGCCAGUGAGAAAAAACGAUUGAGCAGUGAAAAAUGGAAGCAGGGAGCGAGAAAGACUCUCCUCCAAUGGGUGACAAAUGCAUUGCCAAAGUAA